CACAAUCGUCCGGGGUCACUUACUGGGCACCUCGUUAAGGGUGGAGGCUGCUUCAGGGGUGACUCGUGGACGUAUAGCUAUUAGUUAGCAUAGGUGUUAAGUGACAAAUUUUUCUUACUUGCAUCCCCUUUGUAGGACUCCGUGGUGGGUGAUGCCGCUGGUAGUAGAACUGUUUUUUAUUUUCUAUGGCUGAAGAUAGUAUGGUGUUGAGUUCCGCACACCAAUGCAAAAACAGCGGAACAACUCUUACACCUCAUGUAUACGCUCGUUAUUUCAUAAUAACAUUGACGAAUCCUGUCCUACCAAACACAUCAUUUUCUAAAGUUUCACCAUUCUUAAUACACAAAGCUCUUCUCUCCGCACUGGGAGAAGUAGCCUCUGUGAGAAAACUACGUUCUGGCGACCUUUUAGUGCAGACGACAUCUGAAAAACAAGCCACUGCCCUAUCUAAGUGUACAAAUAUAUGUACUUUUAAUGUAACUGUCACUCCACACAAAUCGCUGAAUACCUGUCGUGGAGUAAUCUCCCAAGCGGAAUUCAUAGAAGACGAAGAAAAUACGAUCUUAGAAAACCUGCAAGACCAGCAUGUUGUUGAGGUCCGUAGGAUUAAGAUUCGAAGGAAUGGACAACUCAUUCCAACGAAACAUCUUAUCCUUACAUUUGCCUCUCCAACGUUACCAUCUGCUGUUAAACUUGCAUGGUAUAAUUGCCCAGUUAGACCCUAUAUCCCAAAUCCUUUGAGGUGCUUUCAGUGCCAAAGGUUUGGGCAUUCAAAAGCAUCUUGCCGUGGUACACCUGUUUGUGCUCGCUGCUCUACUCCAGGCCAUUCAGACACUUCUUGUGAGUUACAACCCCUUUGUAUUAACUGCAAGGGAGCUCAUGAAGCUUACUCAAGGAGUUGUCCUAGAUGGUCAGAGGAGAAAGAAAUUCAAUCAGUUAAAGUAAUGCAGAACCUAACCUUUAGUGAAGCCCGUCGAAUCGUUACCGCCCGUACACCCCGUCCGGGCGUUUCGUAUUCUACGGUUACUAAGACUUCAUAUUGUACUAUAGGUACUCAAACUGAUUCCCCGGCACAAACAUCUUCUAAAAAUAAGCAGAUUAAACCACCAACUCCAAAACCUAACUUUAACUUUACCGCAGCAUCAACAUCUAAUAGGACCACCUCACCUCCACCUAGUAAAACAUCUAAAAUAGACAAUUCCGAAAAGGCCCGACCUUUUCCAAAACAAAUACCUUUAAAAAAAUUACCCCCAAGUCAAAAGCCUGGCUAUUCCAGGAAGAAAAAAGAUGCAAAGUACAUUCAACUUGCCAAUCAAUCCACUUCUUCUGCUUUACAGAAGAUGGAUUGUGAGGUAGAAUUGUCUUUGCAUCCUUCUGACGACGAAUGCCUACUCGAUUGACCUCUGGAUA